AUUCUGGAGAACUUCAUCGCGGACGUGUACCGGGCGCGUACAGGCAAGUUCAUGACGGAGUCGAUGGUGUCGCUCGUCUGGUCGGUGACGGUGUCCAUCUUCGCCAUUGGCGGCAUGGUCGGCGGCAUCAGCGGCGGCGUCAUCGCCGACUAUUGCGGCAGAAAAUGUGGUCUCCUUCUGAACAACGCCAUUGCCAUUUUGGGCGCCACGCUGAUGAGCUCCUCACAUCUCUUUCGCAGCAUAGAAUGCCUCAUCAUGGGCCGCUUCUUCAUUGGCCUUAGCUGUGGACUGAACACCGCACUCGUGCCUAUGUACCUUUCGGAGAUUGCCCCGAUGACACUUCGAGGAGCGCUCGGAACCGUCAGUCAGCUGGGCGUCACCAUUGGCCUGCUGCUCUCGCAGAUACUCGGCCUGCCGCUGAUUCUAGGCACCGACGAGGGGUGGCCCUUUCUCCUGGGCGUUGCCUUCAUUCCUGCCCUUCUACAGCUGGUCCUCCUGCCGAUGUGUCCGGAAAGUCCGCGCUAUCUGCUGAUCAGCAAGGGCCGGGCGAUGGAGGCCACUAAUGCUCUACAAAGGUUACGCGGUGGCCCUAAUGUAGAGGACGACAUCGAGGAGAUGCGCAUCGAGGACCGCGCCCAGAAGGAGGAGGCCCGGAUCACCAUGACGGAGCUGGUCCGGAACCGGUCCCUGCAGCGGCCGCUAGUGAUCGGCAUUGUGAUGCAACUUAGCCAACAGCUGUCGGGCAUCAACGCCAUCUUCUACUACUCGACGGACAUCUUCACGAACGCCGGCCUGACGGAGGACGUCGCCAAGUACUCGACGAUCGGCGUCGGUGUCGUCAUGGUCGCCAUGUCGCUCGUUUCGAUCAUGCUCAUGGACCGGACGGGGCGGCGGACGUUGCACCUCUACGGCCUCGGUGGCAUGUUCAUCGCCAGCAUGUUCCUCUCCAUUGUCCUCCUCUUUCGGUUUCUUUACAAGUGGAUGGCCUACAUGAGCGUCUUCAGUACGCUCAUCUACGUAGUCUUCUUUGGAAUCGGACCAGGCUCCAUUCCGUGGAUGAUCACCGCUGAGCUCUUCUCCCAGGGCCCUCGACCGGCGGCAAUGAGCAUUGCCGUGCUGGUCAACUGGUUCACCAACUUCAUCGUUGGCCUGACCUUUCCGCUUAUGAAAGCCAUGGAGAGCUACGCCUUUCUGCCGUUCACCGUUUUUCUCGCCAUCUUUUGGACCUUCACCUACUUCAAAGUGCCCGAAACGAAGAACCGCACCUUUGAGGAGAUCACCUCGCUCUUCCGUCAUUGCUCAGGCCGAGGUAGUAGUUCGCCCAGAACUUCAUCUGAAGGAAAAAAAAGAAAAGNAAAAGAAGAGCACCACCUACCACUUUGGAUGGAGUAUUCGAUUUGGAGUUGA